GAAAUAUGAAAUAUAAAGUUUGCAAGGUUGAGACGCGAUUCUAAGAAAGCGCGGCGCGCGACGUUAAAUGCUUAAUACGUAGGUACCUGGCUGGCGCAAAUAACACUUGAACUUGGCAAUCUUGGUAACCAACAUUGAACAUCAUAACCUCGCAAUUCUUAAUCUUUGACUUUUCCAUUCUGAAGGAAGUCGAUAUCACGAUAUUAUUUGCUUGUAUUUUGCCUACAGGUUGAACGACGGAGACGAUCCAAUGGAUAUAUCACCUAGCAAGCGACGUGCCUUAGAGCCCAUCGAUAGUAAUGCGAGAAACCCAGGAUGUUUGGAGCAUGGAACAUCGAAGUCAACCGUAUCGCCAGAUGCCUUGAACCAGCUCGACUGUGGUGCCGCGAAGAGACCUGUCGAUGUUCCAGAAACCACCAAUCAACCCCAGGAAUAUCUACUGGACCAACCGGCCAAGAGACAGCGCGUCUCUGCUGGCGAGGAUGCUGAAGUUAUAACUACGCAAGAGCAAGGCAAGAAAGUGGACUCGGGCGACAACUACGACUAUAAGAGUGAAGUUGACAAUGGGAACGGGAAUGGAAAUGGAAAUGAUAAUACUAAUGACGACGAUAUCAAUGAUCGUGAUUUAUAUGUAGAGAACCGACGACCAGAGUCACCCGACGAGGUAUCGAUGUUCGACAACUCGGUAAUCGACACAUCCCAGGCCACAACGACGAUAACGGAACCAGAUGCCGAAGUGGGUGUGCGCAGUCCACCGAUAUCUCCUCGUCGGCUACCGUCGAUGAGCCGUGAAGAAGCUCGGCAGAAAGCGGAAAAGUUGCGUCUGAGGCUAGGCCUUGCGAGCUAUAAAGUUCGGACGGGGCAAACGGACGUGCCCCUAGAUAAACUGAAGGUCAAGCCAUUAAUGGAUGCCAGCAGAUCCAGACAACUGGAAUAUCCGUCUUUGCCCCCUAUUCCGAGACGGGAGGAUGUCGCAGCUGAGAACGAAGAUAACGGUGAAGAGCAUCGGUAUAGAUAAGCAGCACCAACACGAAAGGAACUAUCUACAGCAACAUCUUCCCCUCGAAGAGACAGCUUCGGUCAAGCCAGCCAGCCAUCAGCAGGAACACUGUUACCAGAAUUACAACCGUCAACCACAGCUCGAGAGACGUGUGAAGAGCAGGCGGCAAACGAUAAGACCCUGGGCGCUGACCGCAGCAGUAUG